GGGAGGGGCGUCAAGAUGGCGGCGGGGAGGUAGGCAGAGCAGGACGCCGCUGCUGCCGCCGCCACCGCCGCCUCCGCUCCAGUCGCCUCUGGUCCUUCAAACUCACACCUCCCGGGAGGAGCUGUCCUGGCGCCGGGUCCCGCGGGGAAAACUGUUUCGCUUUGUCACCAGGCUGGAGUGCAGUGGGGUAAUCUGAGCUCACUGCAACCUCCCGCUUCUUGGUUCAAGUGAUUCUCCUGCGUCAGCCUCCUGAGUAGCUGGGAUUACAGGUUUUGCAGUGGGGGAUACUUUACCAAGCAAGGUCCUAUGAAGGGUCUUAUUUGUAAAAUGAGGAGGAGAUUGGCUAAUACAAGUUUUUAAGGGCUCUCUCAGCUUGAGCACCAAAAUUCUAUGGUGGAACCAGGGCAAGAUUUACUGCUGGCUGCUUUGAGUGAGAGUGGAAUUAGUCCGAAUGACCUCUUUGAUAUUGAUGGUGGAGAUGCAGGGCUUGCAACUCCAAUGCCUACCCCGUCAGUUCAGCAGUCAGUGCCACUUAGUGCAUUAGAACUAGGUUUGGAGACCGAAGCAGCAGUUCCUGUUAAACAAGAACCAGAGACUGUACCUACUCCAGCACUAUUAAAUGUGAGGCAGCCUCCAUCUACUACAACAUUUGUGCUGAAUCAAAUAAAUCACCUUCCACCCUUGGGAUCUACAAUUGUAAUGACUAAAACACCACCUGUAACAACCAACAGGCAAACCAUCACUUUAACUAAGUUUAUCCAGACUACUGCAAGCACACGCCCGUCAGUCUCAGCACCAACAGUACGAAAUGCCAUGACCUCUGCACCUUCAAAAGACCAAGUUCAGCUUAAAGAUCUACUGAAAAAUAAUAGUCUUAAUGAACUGAUGAAACUAAAGCCACCUGCUAAUAUUGCUCAGCCAGUAGCAACAGCAGCUACUGAUGUAAGCAAUGGUACAGUAAAGAAAGAGUCUUCUAAUAAAGAAGGAGCUAGAAUGUGGAUAAACGACAUGAAGAUGAGGAGUUUUUCCCCAACCAUGAAGGUUCCUGUUGUAAAAGAUGAUGAUGAACCAGAGGAAGAAGAUGAAGAAGAAAUGGGUCAUGCAGAAACCUAUGCAGAAUACAUGCCAAUAAAAUUAAAAAUUGGCCUACGUCAUCCAGAUGCUGUAGUGGAAACCAGCUCUUUAUCCAGUGUUACUCCUCCUGAUGUUUGGUACAAAACAUCCAUUUCUGAGGAAACCAUUGACAAUGGCUGGUUAUCAGCAUUGCAGCUUGAGGCAAUUACAUAUGCAGCCCAGCAACAUGAAACUUUCCUACCUAAUGGAGAUCGUGCUGGCUUCUUAAUAGGUGAUGGUGCCGGUGUAGGAAAAGGAAGGACGAUAGCAGGAAUCAUCUAUGAAAAUUAUUUGUUGAGUAGAAAACGAGCAUUGUGGUUUAGUGUUUCAAAUGACUUAAAGUAUGAUGCUGAAAGAGAUUUAAGGGAUAUUGGAGCAAAAAACAUUUUGGUUCAUUCAUUAAAUAAGUUUAAAUACGGAAAAAUUUCUUCCAAACAUAAUGGGAGUGUGAAAAAGGGUGUUAUUUUUGCUACUUACUCUUCACUUAUUGGUGAAAGCCAGUCUGGCGGCAAGUAUAAAACUAGGUUAAAACAACUUCUGCAUUGGUGCGGUGAUGACUUCGAUGGAGUGAUAGUGUUUGAUGAGUGUCAUAAAGCCAAAAACUUAUGUCCUGUUGGUUCUUCAAAGCCAACCAAGACAGGCUUAGCAGUUUUAGAGCUUCAGAACAAAUUGCCAAAAGCCAGAGUUGUUUAUGCUAGUGCAACUGGUGCUUCUGAACCACGCAACAUGGCCUAUAUGAACCGUCUUGGCAUAUGGGGUGAGGGUACUCCAUUUAGAGAAUUCAGUGAUUUUAUUCAAGCAGUAGAACGGAGAGGAGUUGGUGCCAUGGAAAUAGUUGCUAUGGAUAUGAAGCUUAGAGGAAUGUACAUUGCUCGACAGCUGAGCUUUACUGGAGUGACCUUCAAAAUUGAGGAAGUUCUUCUUUCUCAGAGCUACGUUAAAAUGUAUAACAAAGCUGUCAAGCUGUGGGUCAUCGCCAGAGAGCGGUUUCAGCAAGCUGCAGAUCUGAUUGAUGCGGAGCAACGAAUGAAGAAGUCCAUGUGGGGUCAGUUCUGGUCUGCUCACCAGAGGUUCUUCAAAUACUUAUGCAUAGCAUCCAAAGUUAAAAGGGUUGUGCAACUAGCUCGAGAGGAAAUCAAGAAUGGAAAAUGUGUUGUAAUUGGUCUGCAGUCUACAGGAGAAGCUAGAACAUUAGAAGCUUUGGAAGAGGGCGGGGGAGAAUUGAAUGAUUUUGUUUCAACUGCCAAAGGUGUGUUGCAGUCACUCAUUGAAAAACAUUUUCCUGCUCCAGACAGGAAAAAACUUUAUAGUUUACUAGGAAUCGAUUUGACAGCUCCAAGUAACAACAGUUCACCAAGAGAUAGUCCUUGUAAAGAAAAUAAAAUAAAGAAGCGGAAAGGUGAAGAAAUAACUCGAGAAGCCAAAAAAGCACGAAAAGUAGGUGGCCUUACUGGUAGCAGUUCUGACGACAGUGGAAGUGAAUCUGAUGCCUCUGAUAAUGAAGAAAGUGACUAUGAGAGCUCUAAAAACAUGAGUUCUGGAGAUGAUGACGAUUUCAACCCAUUUUUAGAUGAGUCUAAUGAGGAUGAUGAAAAUGAUCCCUGGUUAAUUAGAAAAGACCACAAGAAAAACAAAGAGAAAAAAAAGAAGAAAAGUAUAGAUCCAGAUUCUAUUCAAAGUGCCUUAUUAGCAUCAGGUCUUGGAUCAAAACGACCUAGUUUUUCAUCUACACCAGUUAUUUCACCUGCUCCUAACAGUACACCAGCUAACAGUAACACCAACAGUAACAGUAGCCUUAUAACAAGUCAGGAUGCUGUGGAAAGGGCUCAGCAGAUGAAGAAAGACCUGCUUGAUAAGCUAGAAAAAUUAGCUGAAGACCUCCCCCCUAAUACCCUGGAUGAACUUAUCGAUGAACUUGGUGGCCCUGAGAACGUUGCUGAGAUGACUGGCCGCAAGGGACGGGUUGUGAGCAAUGAUGAUGGAAGCAUAUCUUAUGAGUCAAGAUCUGAACUUGAUGUGCCUGUGGAAAUACUAAACAUCACAGAAAAACAACGAUUUAUGGAUGGAGAUAAGAAUAUUGCUAUCAUCUCAGAAGCUGCCAGCUCGGGUAUUUCAUUACAAGCAGAUAGGAGAGCUAAAAAUCAAAGGCGAAGAGUUCAUAUGACUUUAGAAUUACCUUGGAGCGCUGAUAGAGCAAUUCAACAGUUCGGACGUACCCAUAGAUCAAACCAAGUUACUGCUCCUGAGUAUGUCUUUCUGAUUUCUGAACUGGCAGGAGAACAAAGAUUUGCAUCUAUUGUUGCUAAAAGACUUGAGAGUUUGGGGGCACUUACACAUGGCGAUAGAAGAGCAACAGAAUCUAGAGAUCUGAGCAGGUUCAACUUUGAUAAUAAGUAUGGAAGAAAUGCUUUAGAAAUUGUCAUGAAAUCCAUUGUAAACUUGGAUUCUCCUAUGGUAUCACCACCUCCAGACUAUCCUGGAGAAUUUUUUAAAGAUGUUCGACAAGGACUGAUAGGAGUUGGCCUGAUAAAUGUAGAAGAUCGCUCGGGAAUUCUUACUCUCGAUAAAGAUUAUAACAACAUAGGAAAAUUCUUAAAUAGAAUUUUAGGCAUGGAGGUGCAUCAGCAGAAUGCAUUAUUUCAGUAUUUUGCGGACACACUUACUGCAGUUGUUCAAAAUGCCAAAAAAAAUGGAAGAUAUGAUAUGGGAAUCUUAGAUCUUGGUUCUGGAGAUGAAAAAGUGAGGAAAAGUGAUGUUAAAAAGUUUCUGACUCCAGGAUAUUCAACCUCUGGCCACGUAGAAUUAUACACAAUUAGUGUAGAGAGGGGAAUGUCAUGGGAGGAAGCUACCAAGAUUUGGGCUGAGCUGACAGGACCAGACGAUGGCUUUUAUUUGUCAUUGCAAAUAAGGAACAACAAGAAAACUGCCAUCUUAGUUAAAGAAGUGAAUCCUAAAAAGAAACUUUUCUUAGUUUAUCGACCAAAUACUGGGAAGCAGCUCAAAUUAGAAAUUUAUGCUGAUCUAAAAAAGAAAUAUAAGAAGGUCGUCUCAGAUGAUGCCCUGAUGCACUGGUUAGAUCAGUAUAAUUCAUCUGCAGAUACUUGUACUCAUGCUUAUUGGCGCGGCAAUUGCAAAAAAGCAAGCUUGGGGCUAGUUUGUGAAAUAGGUCUUCGUUGCCGUACAUAUUAUGUAUUAUGUGGUUCAGUGCUGAGUGUCUGGACAAAAGUUGAGGGUGUUCUAGCAUCUGUCAGUGGCACAAACGUGAAGAUGCAGAUCGUGCGGCUAAGAACGGAAGAUGGGCAACGGAUUGUAGGUUUGAUCAUUCCGGCAAAUUGUGUGUCUCCUCUUGUAAAUCUCCUAUCAACUUCAGACCAGUCUCAACAGCUUGCGGUCCAACAGAAACAGCUAUGGCAACAGCAUCACCCUCAGAGCAUCACCAACUUGAGCAACGCAUGAAGAACAGACAGGUUUCAACAUGGAUGGAUCUGAAAUGCUGUUGAAGCAUAUCAUUUGCAUAAAAAUCAGGGACAGUUUCCAAAGAAUUAUAUAUUUUUUUCAGUUGUGCUCUCUCUAGUUAGUUUUUUUGGGAGUAAGGACAAACCUGGAAUAGAUAGCAAAACUGAAAAUCAGCAGUGCUGAUGGUGGUACAUAUGUCUUUCCUUUAGCUUCUCCCCUGAUAAUUCCCAUCUGCUUUUACUUUGGGUGAGCAGAGGGGGAUGUGUGCGUGUGUGUGUGUCAGUCUGUUUGUGAGUGUGUUAAAAGCUAUAGACCACAGUUGGUUUAAAAUGCUUGGAACUUCCCAAACUGGCUUUACUUUAUGUUUAUACAGUGCUCAGGGUUAACGCAGUACAUCCAUGCCAUUGCUGUGGGAGGUAUCCCCGGAUGCAUGUGUUUUGAGUCUAUAAAUAUAGAAAAUAUAUAUUGGUUUCUUUUUCCAACUUAAUAGGUUUAUUAAAGCAUGAAAUGAAAGGUUGCAUAUCAUGCAUUCAGGUUAUUUUCUAAUUUUUGUUCUGACAGUGCAUGUCUUUGGAAGCAUGCUGAAACAAGAUUAACACAGGAGUCAAGUAACAGAGAGAAACAUUUGUUAGAUGUACAGCAUUGGUUAUUGCAUUUUUAUAGUGUUUAUACCUGGGUAUUGCUUCAAACCCUGCAGACCCCUCCUGCCCCUUCUCCCUGCCCUGGGUUUCUGGUCACGGUAAUGAAUACAUACAUUUUUCUGUGAUAAAACUCUUAAAAGUUAAUUUUAAUGUAUUAAUAGUAUUCCUAAUGUGUGCUGCAGAAAUGGCUAUGAGCCUCUUAAAUUUACAUUUUCAACUUAAAGGUAGUUUUAGAAGGAAGUACAAAUUGGCUUUCAUCUUGCAAACAAUCGUUUUUUACUUCAUUAUCUUAAUUUGCUUUGUCACUCAUAAAAAGGAAACCAUACUUGAGUUGUAGACAAUGAGGAAACACUUGAGGCUUCUGCUGUAUGUUUUUUUGUUAUUGUUGUUAUUGUUGUUACUCAGUAACUUGAAUAUUGUUUAAUGUGUUGUAAGACGUAGAGUUUAUCUCAAGCUGUUAAAAAUGGUAAUGUACAAAUGUGAAUAGACACUUAUCUAUAUAAUAUGGGUAAGUUUUGUUUCGCCUAUAAUAGAUGUUUAUAAAACAAGUGAGGGGACAGUUGGUCUUUUUUUUAUCUUUUCUUUCUUUUUCUUUCCUUUCUUUUUUUUUUUUUUCUUUUGCUUACACAGGUUGCACUAUUGAAAAAUCGAGAUUGUAUAAACCUGGUAAAAAGCUGCAAGAUGCCAAAAUCUUGUAGAUGUCAAAUAAAAAGUUAUUAUACUAACAAGAAGUGGACUCUUGUUUAGGCCCUCACUGGUGACCUUCAGAAGUAGUCUGUGACGGGGACUCAGCAGAAUUUGUGUGUUGUCUCAGCAUUCCAGGUAGCCUUAUAGUUUGGCUUAAAACUUACCCCUAAAAUAUAAGAUGGCAUUGAGGGAAAGGGUAUAAUGAUAGUACUUCUGAAUGUUUUUUAAGUUGAAUUGUUUGUAAACUUCUUGCAGAAUUGGGUGAGAUGUGUGUUAAAACUGACAAAAACCUGGCUGAAAGCUUAGGGCGUUCAUCCUCGUGUCUCCUUUAGCCUGAGUUUGGUUAUGUCAAGCUUACCGUAAGUUUUCUUAGGAUUUAUUUAUUCUUGGUGCCUAAAAGAAUUAAUUGAAAGUACUUUCUGUUCUUUGGCACAUUUUGCCCAGCGGAUGCAACUUCUAUCCUCAGUCCAGUUCAUAUAUCUCAGGCAGUGAUCCAUUUUGUAUCAGCCAGUUUCCCUUGUUAGGGCCGCUAGACCCGGCUGGCAGCCAAGAGCAGCACUCUCCCCACCUUCAGCAGAACUUCUCAGCUCGUGUGUGUUUUUAAAGCAGUAGGCAGCUUCCAUCAGCAAUGGAAGUGUCCCCCACUCCAGUGGAGGUGCAGUCGCUGGACCUGAGGAAGGGAGGAAGCAUUACAAACCCUCCUGCAGUAAGACAGAAUGGCAGAGUUGGGAAGGAUCUUCUCUCGCAGGCUGUUGGCCCAACUCCUCUUUUCUGUGUAUGAGGGCAUCUUAGUUUUUUAUGGCGUUUUCAAAGCAGCAUAUGACGAUUCUUAGCAUGCAGCUAAGUGACAGCCCCCAUGGCCUAUGAUGUAAUGUUUGCUCUGGACUAGCCAUCUUGAUAAAUAGGAGUGUAUGUAUCUUAGGUUCUUUGUAGAACAGCUGUUUUUUUUUUUUUUUCUCAUUAAAAAGGCCUCUGAAAACCCUCUCAAAAUGGACCUCACAAAGGCAACCAGUGUGAAUGGAUGGGAGCUGGGGUGCUGUAUGCCCAGGCUGGUCAUGGUGUGUGCAGCACCCAGAGAGUUGCACCCACCCCUUCUUCAGGUGGACAUCCGACCUUUACACUGUGGUCUUGCAAGAAUCAGCGAGUUCAGUUUGGCCGCCCUGUGAAGCUUCAGCAUUCAAGGUCCUCUUCUGUUAAAACCCAACUCGUGGCCGGGCGCGGUGGCUCACGCCUGUAAUCCCAGCACUUCGGGAGGCCGAGGCAGGCGCCUCACUUGAGGCCAGGAGUUCAAGACCAGCCUGGUCAACAUAGCAAAACCCCAUCUGUACCAAAAAAUACAAAAAAUUUGCCGCUGACUUCUGUAAAAUAGGUCCGUUCAUUGCAGGAUCUAAAUGUCACACCUGAAUUCAGAGGCCUUGUUUAAUUAACCCCAUGUCCACUUUGCCUCUGCAAUGCCUUUUUCUUCUUUUUAGCAAUAUGGCUCUGAGCACAAAGAUUUGGUUGGAAAUCAUGUUCGUGUUUUCAGAGUUUACAGCGUCAAUUGUACUGAAAACCACUUCCAGAGUCUAAAGCAGCUCAGAUGUUAUCUCUGGGGGAAUUAGUGUUCCCCUCAUUUAGCAACCUCCAUACCACAAGGUCUCUGUCUGUAGUUACUGGGAUUAUCCAGAUACACUAUCAAUGAUACAAAUUCAUAGAAGUAUUAAUGCAUUUCUUUAAACACAACUUGAUUAAGAAGCAAAUAUGUUAAGCAGUUUUCUUUUUCUGCUGCUAAAUUACAGUUAGACACUUCAGUAUCUUCUCUUUACAUGUGUAUAUAAAUUAGUAAGAACCUGCAUCCAAAGCAAUGUAGUGUGUGUAUGUGUCUAUAUAUAUUUAUUCUAACUCAGCACUUCAGAAGCCUUUUUGAGUUAUAACAAUAUUUUAGUUUGCUUCAUCUGUAGAGGUAAAAUUUCUAUAUUACCAAGCUCCAGAGGAAUAUGAUAUUUUACAGGCACAAUUUUCUGGCUGUAGCCCCUGGGGCAUUCAUUUGCUGGCCUCCGUGGGAUGCUGUUAGAACAAUUGUUAGCCGGCAAGAGAAGAAAGGCUACCAGGACAGCAUUUAUAAUUGUAGAAUGGGAGCCUUCUUCCCUCUCCCCUCCACUUUCAUUUUAGCAUGAGAUAAAAAAACAAUAGAUUGGAAAUGAUUGUUGCAUCUCACUUCAUGAAAGUGGGGCAGAAGUUCCCUCUGGAUCCUUUUCUUGACAAGCAGUCAAGAGGAAGGUCUCCAUACACAUGUACCUGUGUGAUACUUGGUAGUUUCUAAGAAUGGUGCUACAUAAGCGUUGCUGUUAGGCUGGGAUCCUAUUAAUGAACGUUUGAUUAGUUCAGGCCUCCUAAUGGCAAAGGCAGACACCGUGGAGAUGGACAUUUACUGACUCCCCUUCUGUGUGGCUUCGGUCUCCCUGGCUAACACCACACCUGUGCGUACUGCGCUCGGCCCACUUUGCUGCAGAAACGUAGCAAGCGUUUCAUGUCAGGGCUACAGCUGAGAGCAAAAACUGCAAAAAAAAAAAAAUGUCUCAUUGAAUGCCAGUUGUCUGAUACAAAUGCAGUGUCUUUUAAUGACAGAAACACACUUAAAUACCUGCAACUCAAGCUCGCUAGCAUUUUUUUUUUUGAGUACUUGAGAUAAAAUCCAAAACCCACCCUCUAAUUUUGUGCUGUAUUUAUAUAUAUGUACAUAAAUGUAUAUAUAUAGAAAUGUCGAGUUCUUCUGGAUUCUGAAUGUAAAUAAUUCUUGUAAAUUGGGACUCCGCCCACCUGUUUCUCCCUUUUCCCUCUUCCCUUCAGCUCUAUUUAUUCUUUUCUUGACUUUCCCAUAUGGGGCAUCUUAUGACUUUUUUUUUUUUUUUUUUUUUUUAAGAAAAGUAUGGAAAACUUUUCAUUUAGAAAAGUAUUUGUUCCUGUAUUUUAGAAUUCAGUUUUGCAUCUUUGCUGUAGAAUUCCUGUUUUGUGUUAAUGUUUUUUACUAUGUCUUAUUGUGUUGUGUGCAAUGCAUUGUAUUGGGGGGAUGCACUUGAGUGCCAUUUCUGAUACUGUCAUUGUAUGACUGCUGAUGCUCAUUUAUGUUGUUCUUUGGAAGUUCUUUGGAAGCCUGAUGUUUUCACAUUUUAAAAAAUGCUUCCUGAGACUUCUUUAAGCUCCUCUAACUUCUUCAGUGCAUUUGGGAUCAAACUUAGCUCUUAGAUCAGCAAACCUGACUUGCUUCUACUUUUGCAAUUUUUCAGGCCUUACCAUAUUUCUUAUCUCUGUCUUCCCACCUGAUAGGAAAAUCUUGCAGAUUUGAAACAGUGGUUUCUGGCCUGCUGCUGCAGCAAAUUCCCUAUGUUUAUUUAAGAAGUUGGGCCUAUACUUUUAACCUACAAAUGAUGAGUAAUUUACUUGCAAUGAACACAGGUAGCCUGCUGCUGUUUAUAACCUGUUGAGGAUAUUUAUAGCAGGCAGGAGGCAGGCCUAGUGUGUUAUUGACAGGUGACUUUAGAGAAUGUAUGUUGGCCGGGCGCGGUGGCUCACGCCUGUAAUCCCAGCACUUUGGGAGGCCGAGGCGGGCUGAUCACGAGGUCAGGAGAUUGAGACCAUCUCCUGGCUAACACGGUGAAACCCCGUCUCUACUAAAAAUACAAAAAAAAAAAAAAUUAGCCAGGCGUGGUGGCGGGUGCCUGUAAGUCCCAGCUACUCAGGAGGCUGAGGCAGGAGAAUGGCAUGAACCUGGGAGGCAGAGCUUGCAGUGAGCCCAGAUCGCGCCACUGCACUCCAGCCUGGGCAACAGACCGAGACUCCGUCUUGGAAAAAAAAAAAAAGAGAGAGAAUGUACAUUAAGGAACAAUUGUCCUCCAAAAGAGAGCCAAGCAACUGCUCUGGAGCCUCCUGGGCAGACUCUGCUGGAGGGUGAGACAAGCAGAUUCCCAUUGCAGCACUGGUCCCUGGGGUCCCCUGAACAGCUGUGCUCUCCACCCUUGUAUUGGUGAGUGGAUCUUGACUACAUUAGCCGUAAGCCUAGAAGCAGAGCUGGAUCGAGGCGUUUUUAAUAAUUCGAGUUGGGAAGACCCGGAUGGUUCAUCAAAAUGAUGGUGUUGAGCACCCGGGAGGCAGACAUUGGGUAUUUGUUCACAAUUUUGCACCUGUAAGAAAAUGUUCCUUUAUAACUUUCAAGGAUUGCCGUGAGCGUCUUUGGGGCCUUUUCAUUCAUGUACAAGUUUCAUUCAUUACUAUUCAACUUGGUAGACUUGGUGAAAAAUGUAAAAGCAUUCUGUAUUUGGAUCAGUCUUGGGAACUAAAUUUGUCGUGAAUCGGGGCCUGUCACAGAUUGCCUCCAGUGUGCAUCCUCCACUCAGACCCUCCUUGCUCAGUCUCCCUCUGGCGCCCAUGGGGAAGCCGUGCUGUGGUUGGCAGUGCAGCCAUCUGGGCUGCGGCAACGUGGCAGGGCACCGUCCAGCAAGACUGCGCCUUAGUGCAGGGCUAAGCAAGGAAAAGAAGAAGCCCAAAAAAGCAGGUUCUUUUUGAUACUUGUAAUUCAGGCGUCCUCCAGAGUGAAGGCCACUCUGCAGGCCCCUGGUGAGAACCUGUCUGGCUUUUCCACUGCAGGCCCCUAACCAGUACCCUGCCCUUGUGGCCCAUUUGUGCCUGGGCAGAUGUUUCUGGCCAGCAGACACUGAAGGCCUUUUUGCUAUGACAGUAUUUAUGGCACUGAAGAGGAUAAAGAAGCUUGAGCCCUCUUUCUGACUCCCACUUUAUGGGGCAGAGAGAGCUUUUUUUCUACAUAGCACAUUGCAGUCUCACCGCUAUCAGAAAAAUAUUCUGUUCAUGGUUUAUACUGAAUUUGCAAACUACUGAUACGAUUUUUCAAUAACCACUUGUAUCUUCCAUCAUCCAUGAGAGGUGGGAAGAGGUACACUGUAUCUCUGCAAUAAAACUUUGGCCAGGUUCUACCUCCUCUGAGCAAAGGAUACUUUUCUAUGUAGGUGUAGAUCGUUCUCCUUUACUAAUCUGACAUGGUGCAUCUGGAGACAACAUCUGAUGGGAUCCAAAGACAACUUGAAACAAAGGUGGAUGUCAGCUCUUGGUGUGUUUUCAUUUGGUUCUCUUUUUUAAAUCUCCCUUUUGUUAUCGCUCCUGUUGUAGCGUGUCCAUCAGUGUGUGAAGGGUGCGCCCUGUUCCAAUGAUACUGCAUUGCUGCAUCCAGCCUUUCGUGGGAGCACGGUACCAAGCGUCCGGAAUUGAUUAUCCCAACCAUUUUUGAUAUGUAACUGAAAAAUUUGGUCUCAUGCAAUAAAAAUGUACUGGCUGCAUUUUAGCAAGGUUUAUUUACUCUUGCAAGUAAAAACGAUCAACCGUGAAGCGUAACAAAUUCUGUAUUUAGUUUCUUUUUGUUGUGGUGGUUUUUGUUUUGUUUUUUGUUUUUGUAAGAUUCUAAAUAAAUUAAAUACGAGUCA